AUGCAAAAAAGAACUUCUAUAAUUGAUAAAACAAAUAUAAUAGGUUUUAACGAACUUCCCAACUAUGCAUAUUUUUUAAGAGACACACCAAAAAAAGAUAUUGCUCAGUGUAAGCUAUGCCCAACACAAAUAGGCGCCAAACAGAGCACUACGACUGGUUUGAAGGUUCACAUCAGAGGUUGUCAUAAUGAAAUUUUUCUCAACAUUGGGAAAGAAAAUUUAAAACGAGCACCAGAAACAAUAGCUGAGCAGCUUGCACAAGAAUCAAUUUUGGACACUCAUGGGCCAAUAGCUCUAAGUGCAAAAAGAGUAAAGAUGGACAUUUCAUCGUAUUGCAAGGUUGUGACAAAAUAUGGAACAAACGACAAGCGACAGUUAAUAGCUGACUUGGAUAUUGUGAAAUAUUUGUGCAUGGGAAAUUUAGCUUUUCAACAUUUUUCAUCACCUGCUUUUAAAGACUUUUUAUUAAGCCUUCGUCCAGAAAUUAUUAUUAGAGCACCAUCAACAUAUUCAAGAAACAAACUUACAAUCCUUUAUUCUAAUGUUUUUGAGGCAGUUCUUAAUGUUUUAACACAUGACUUAAAAGAUGUAGAUGCAGUUGGAUUUACUUCAGAUCUUUGGUCCAGCAAAAGCAAUGAGUCAUUUGCAGCCUUGACGCUUCAUUAUAUUACAACUGGCUUUGAACUAAAGACAUUUUUGCUGGGCUGUAAUGCUUUUCCAGACAGCCACACAGGUGACAAUAUUUCAAUUAAAACAGACACAUUAAUUUCUGUUCUACCUUUCAAUAAUGGUUGUAAAAUGACUUCUGUCACAGAUAGUGCAGCAAACAUGAUAUCUGGGAUGAAAAAAUCGGCCAAAAUUGAUGAAAGUAUUUCCUGCAUUGCACAUUUACUUCACCUUGUUAUUAUCAAAUCUGUCAAAGAAGUCGAUGAGAUUGAAAAAGUUUUUCAGGUGUGCAAAACACUCUCAGCACGAACUCACAAAUCAAUCAACAGUCAACAGAGAAUUAUGGAAGCAUGUAAUGAUGUCAUACCUGAGAAAAUUAAAUUUAAUAAAAUUAUUUCUCCUUGUCCUACACGUUGGAAUAGUGGUUUUAUGUGCAUGGAUUCAAUAUUACAUUUACGAUUAGCUCUUGAAAUAAUUGCAAGCAGCAACCUUAAAACGGACGACAUUUUAAGGGCUUUAAUUCCAUCUUCUGAUGAGUUUGAUGUUAUUGAAAAAGUAGUGCCGAUCAUGAAACUGUUUAAUGAUUUUACAGAGGUUGUUUCAUCUGAAAAAAUCCCAACUUCUCAGAGAGUUGUUCCAGGACUGUUUGAUAUUCAAAAGAAUAUUAAAAAGCUUAUACUACCAAAUGACAAAAUUACAGGAGACUUUGUUUCUAAACUCCUUUCAAAUCUUAACAAACGAUUUCCAGACUGUGGUUCAAGACAAAAAAACAAUGCUUUAGCUCACUUACUUAAUCCCAAAUUUAAGGGUCUCCUUUUGACAAGGUUUGGCCAAGACGAUGUCGCACUCAGAGAUUUAAAAGAAAUUUCAAUAGGAAAGCAACCAUCAAAUUUGAUUGAAAAUACAACACAAACAGUGUCACCCAAACAAGAUUUGUCUCCUGCCGAACAACUUCUUUUUGAAAUGAUGGGUCAGGAUUCUAAUGCCUCUGAGCUUUACAGAUCAUCAAAAGAUUCUCCAUUUGAUAUAGAACUAGAAGCUUACAAGAGGCUUGGAUUUCCAGAUAAAAAUUACAAUAUUUUGGAAUGGUGGAAAAUUCAUUCACCUCAACUUCCAAUUUUGUCUAGAGCUGCUAAGAAAGUCUUGUGUGUCCCAGCGUCAUCAACUUCUUCAGAGCGUGUGUUUUCACAAGCCGGAAAUAUUGUGUCAUGUAAAAGAACUUUACUAAAAGCCGAGACAAUAGAAAAACUUGUGUACGUUAAAAUCAACAUUAGUAAAGUUACUAUUAAAAAAUGGCUAAUCGAGGAAGAAAAUGUUUCAUCAGCUGACGCGAUAGACUAAUUUUUGUUUUGUAAAACUGUUUAUGAAAAAAUAUACAAUUAAUUGAGCUAUAA